AUGAGUCGAUGUUGUGUGAGAUAGGCCUCUAUCUAGUGCCUUCGAUAUUUCGUUCGACGUCAGUGAGUCGUUUGCGCCGUUGACGAAUUCAUUUAAGAUUCGGCAAUGAUUUUCUUCAACCUUACCAGUACUGUAUCUAAUCUUUAAUUUUACACGAUUGAAGCACUUAUUUGCUGGACUGCAGCUAGAUCUAGAUCUAGAUCUAGAUCCAGAUGUAGAUCUAGAUUCUAGAUCUAUAGGUUUUCUAGAGUCAGUUGAUACUUUUAUAAAGUGAAAUGGAAUUCAAAGGGAGGAGCAGAACGAGGCAAUCCACAGUACUCAUAUGCCCCCGUGACUUUCUCCAGUCAUGGAAUCUUGAAGCAUUUCAGGCAACCAGAAUGCGGAAACCACAGAAUGAGAAAGAAAUCCAUGAACAGAUAUGUAAUAUGAUGUCAGUGUCGGACGAAACUGUAGGGGAAUUGGCUGAAGUAUGCGGGAAGUCAACUCUGUAUACUGGAAAUGAACCUAAACAUUUUUCGAAUUUGUUAGAAAUGCCACAAGCUCCCCCUGAGGUUGAUCUUGAAUGUGUGAAGUUUCAGGAAGAGCAGCGCCGAAUGAGACGAGAAAUUGAAUCUUACAAAGUUUCUGUAAAUAGACAUAUGAAGUACAAUGUGAUGGACGAUUACAUGGCACUUUUACCGCAGACUUUACAGCAGCCAGUGGCAGAGGAACAGUAUCAGGUGCCUGUGCCAAAUGUUAUACUCACGUUGCAAAUAACAAAGUGUUUACAGCAAGGAGAAAAGUCAACACGGUAUCGAGAAUGCGAAACAAUGAUGGUAUUAGGGUCUCAGCCCUUGUCUGCUCUGCGGGACAAAAUAUCUUGCUCUGCAGAUGCCAUCAUCCCAGGAGAUUAUAGCUCUUUGCCGGACGUUGAUACCAGUUGCCUGGAGAAGGCAGGGGACAUCUAUAAAUCCAGUUUCUUCUUCAUAGAAAAUGUGUUUUACAAUGACUUCCGACAAUCUGACAACAAGGACUAUUCCAAGAUAAUCUUGAAGUGGGCUUCAGAACACAUGCCUGAUGCACAGUUCACAACAGCUGCAAUGGAAAAGACAAAGUUUUUUGACCUCAAGAUUAGAUUGGGACACCAUUAUCUGUUCACACAUCAGGGAAAUUGCGAGCACUCUGUUUUGUUUACAGAUAUCAGAAUUUUCAGCUCAGAAGAUGUACAAGAUUUUCGUCACUACCCAAUUCUCACAAUUACACGGUUGAAGAACAGAUCUGUGUGUCAAAGCUGCUUAAAGUUUUCAUCAAAGUGGAUCGUGCGAGAUUCUUCACUUAUUCCAACAGACCCAUGCUUCCUGUGUAGAGCGUGUUUCAAGUCGUUGCUGUAUACCAAGAAUGGCGAGAAAAGAUCUAACUUUAAAGCGUAUCAUUUGUCAGAGUUUUAUUCUAGAGAGAGUUCUACAACCUAGUGGUCUUGGAUGCUGGCAAUUCAUGCUUGUAGUUUGCUCCUUUCUGUAGCAUUUGGUUUCCCCUUAACUUGAACGUAGGAGUAGGAGAGAGAGGGAGUGCAUCUGAAGUCAUUUUUUGUUGUUGCUGUAGACAGGUUUUGCUGGAAGGUGCUUGCCUACCACUACCAGGUCACAGUGCCAGGGUUGAUCCUGGGUUUGUGCAGACUUAGUCAUUGAUGACUUUUUUUCAGGUUUUCCAUCUCUCUGAGUAUGAUCCCAGUGCAGGUUGGAUUAAGUUCCUUGUCCUCUUUGAUGAAAUGGAGGAAAAUCUUGGAGUCUUGUUUGCAAGUGAAAGAAAAGCAGGCCUGUUCAUAUCGGAUUCCUGGUCAAAAUUCAGAAUUAUUCCUUACCCCAGGCUGAAAAAAAUCUCCCAAGAGUGCCUUUGAAAUACCAUACAUUUUUUUAAAGCAAGGGAAAUUGUACAUUUGAAUUUUAAAAAGUGGGCAGCUUGGUUGUUUUGUUUGUUGCAGAAGCAGAGACAGCUAUCCUGCUAUCUUACUCUUACGAGGAAUGAGAGAGAAGAAGAUAAGUCAAGUUCUAGUUAUGAACUUAAUGGUUUUAUAUAGACAGUCAUGUUUUCUUUUGGUCAGUCAGCUGGUGGGCCUUACUUAUGUGGGAUGGCUUCAGCAGUAUUACUGGAUAUGUUUGUCAUCUGACUGAUGAUAACUUAGUAAUCUUUAAAUUUAAACAUAACUUUUUGAAAGAACAUUUAAGAGUAAGUGUAAGAGUUCAAUCCAACCUCCUCUAACGGCCACCUGUGGGUGGUUGGUGGGUGCUCUGGUGUGGUUUGUUCCUUCUUCUUAAUUCCUAUCGAACA